ACGUUUUAUUUUGAUAAUGCUUUAUGUAUUUAAAAACAACAUUUAUUGCUUACAAACAAAUAGCGUUAUGCAUGCAUCAUUACAACAUUAAAACAACAUAAGACAUUCUUUUAAAAAUAAACGUAAGCUAACAACAGUGUGAACUAAGACUUUAAGAUCAGGUACCACGCCAUCGGAAAAAAAGAUAAAGGUUUUAUAAGCUAUAGGCUAGAUAUGAUGCCGUGAUUUACAAAUGUGUUUAAGGAACGUUUUAUAUUACAUACAUUUGUUUUUGUACAUGCCACAGUGUAAUUAUUCUCAGAAUUUUAUUAGAUGCAUUGAUAAGCUGCAGCCUCCCUUCAAGGCUAUAAAUUAUUAAAACACUUACAUAGCCUACUAUUUUACUUUCACUUUUGUUCAGAGUAUGGCUGUCAAAAUUAUAUUUGUUCUGCGGUCUAUUGCAAUUAGAGGGAAUCUGAUUCACGCCAUAAUCAAGCUGCCACGCCUUUCUAUAAAACACAUAAUUAUUAAAGGGAACGGUAUGGAUGCAUAAAUUCAGCAGGCUAUAUUUUGCUUUCUUUUGAUUUUAGUUGUUUUGUUGAAUCAAUAGCAUAAGUUGUUUUACAAAUGAAAAUAGUAGCCUACAUUGAUGGCACUCAUUACUUUGGGUCGAGUCUCUGUUAACAAAUAUGACAUAUGAUUUAAUAUUUGUGAUACAAGAGUAAGAGUCGGCGUAUUGUUAUGUUAUUGGUGUGUGCAUAUAUUUUGACAAUGUCUGGUGUUCCCACAGAAAACAGGGCGGUAAAAAAGCCUGACCUCAUGUGGCCGGUUUCAUACAAGGCCUAACACUGACAAUGACUGCAGACAAAAAUCAAUAUAUUUCCAAAUUUCGCAAUUUACUUAGAAGAAAAUUUUAAUCUGAAAUAUAAUGACUUAUAUAUUUAAUACAAUGUUGAAACUGUGUUAUUUUCUACACGACAAGAGUGUGGCGUUAAAGUUUUGAAUGAUUUAAAGGAAAAAAAAUAGGCUAUAUGUUUUGUUUAUGUUUGCGUCAGUAUUCAUAAUUCGAAAUUACAAAACUUAAUGAUUCGGAAAAAAUUAUAUUCACAAUUAUUUCACAUACCUGUCAGUUUUAGUAUAAUUUUAUUUUCAGUUAACAAGACUAUUUGCCUCGUAUUACAACAUCUAGAAUUAAGUGCGAUAGAAUCGCAAAAAAAAAAAACACUUAAAUAAAUGAACAAAAAAAAAUGUAAAGAAAGUGAAGUAGGCUGUAUAGAAUUUGCAAAAUGUAGAAUGUGAUAUACAUUUGCCUUUUCAAAAAUAUCCCAAUGAAAUUGCUAUUUUAAUAAGCGUUUUAAAAUCUUUCUCUCUUAUGCAUUUUUAAUGCUGUUUGUGAACAGUCACUCGUCUUUCUUCUUGUAGCCUACAGAGGUUUGAAGAGACUUCUUUCACAAGCGAAGUGUUGGUUUUACGUUAUACCAGGAACUCAACUGCAGUUUUAUUAACGACACGUUUAUGAACAAUCAAAUGGUCCUCGUAAAAAUUUAUUGAAGGACAUAAAAGCAUGCACGACCACUUGACGAAUACAGCCGCAGUUGUGGUGCGUUUUCGGGCGUCUUACUAUUCCCAUCGCCCCGAUUUGUUUAAAACUCCAUUUUACGAGGGAUAUCCCAAUUGUAUUUAUUUGAAACUAGUGGAAAAUAGGACUUCAGUGCAUAAAAACAACCCUCUAGACAGCACAGGAGCCGUUUAUUUGUCAAAAUGAAUCCAUUGGGUCCGUUCCAAUUAUAUAUAAUUAAUAGUGAAACUGAGAAAGAAAUGUACAGUCUUUUCUUUUUUUCUAAUUGUUUUAAUAAAUAACAUUGUUCAGUGAGGGAUGCGCACAAGGCUAGCCACAGGACAGUAGCAUUCCCUCGACAUAGAUUGAUUACACAAACAAAUAGUGCCCUUUAAAAAACCCUUAACACACACUGCUGCUCUGUAAGGCUACAAAUAACAAAGUUGCAUCACAAUAUUAGAAACGCAUCAUCUUUAUGGUUUAUGUAAAAAGACAAUAUUAGUAUUAAGCAACCUACUGCAAGCUCGAAGUGCAUUGCUGUUCCAGGAGAGAGCGCGCAUUGAUCUGCAGUGCAGUUUUUCAGGGGGUAAAUGCAAUCACGUGUUCCUUAGGCGUCCAAUCCCAGCUGGGGAAGCUUUCUGAAAUAAUUACCUGUCUUGAUUGUUCUACGGUCAGAUAAAAAAAGUACACAUACACUCCAUAUAAUAAUCGGAUGCAUGUAAAAGAGAAGGGAAACAUCGCCAUGUCGGCUACGGGUCCCAUAAGUAAUUAUUAUGUGGAUUCCUUGAUCAACCAUGAGAGCGAGGAUGUUCUGGCGAGUCGUUUCACAGCUACUGGUCCGAUAUCCUCCAGCUCACGACCGCCGACUCUCGUACCGGAAUGCGCGGAUUACCCGUCCUGCAGUUUUGCCCCGAAACCACCCGUCUUUACUACCUCGUGGGCCCCUGUUCACUCCCAGUCGUCAGUGGUUUACCAUCCAUACACUCACCAACCUCACCUAGGCACAGACUCAAGGUACGUUCGCACUUGGCUGGAGCCUAUCCCCGGUACCGUGUCUUUUCCAGGAUAUGCAGGGAAUAGCAGGCACUACGGACUGAAGCCCGACACCUUCCAGGAUCCCCGUACUGGGGACACUUUGGGCUCGAACGGACGCAAUUACACGGAUUAUCUGUACUGCUCCGCCGUCGACAUUAGAGAAAAGCAGCAGAACACACCAUCGCCUGAGACGGAGACUCUGUCUUCCGGGAAGCACAAAGACGACAAGGCUGAAUUAGACCCAAAUAAUCCUGUGGCAAACUGGAUCCAUGCGCGCUCAACUCGAAAGAAGCGUUGUCCAUACACCAAGUAUCAAACACUCGAACUCGAAAAGGAAUUUUUAUUUAAUAUGUACCUCACAAGAGACCGGCGAUAUGAGGUAGCAAGGGUGCUGAACCUAACGGAGCGACAAGUCAAAAUCUGGUUCCAGAACCGACGGAUGAAGAUGAAGAAAAUGAACAAGGAAAAAAACGACAGUAAAGAACAAUAGACCAAAAGUCAUUAAUCGGACACAGACUGAAGGAAAACCAUAAUUUAGUAUCAUCACGAGUCUUAACAGUUGCGGCCUAUAACAGGAACAGAGAAAACAAAUAUCCUAUAUGGAUAUCCUUUGAAAAAUUGGUGAUGUAUGAUUUAAUAUAAGCGUAAUUUUACCAUGCUGGGAUUGAGUCAUAUUAAUAUUGUAGUUUGGAUUUACAUAACGUUUCUUUACUCACAAACACAUAAAAAGUGGUCCGAAGUUUCAGAGAGAAAAUACUUGAACUUUAUUUUCAAUUUCCUAAUUUAUGCUAUCUACGUGGUUGUUUCUUUUCUAUGCUUACAUUAUUUUUAGGAGGUUUCACAGCCGAGUAUUUUAUAAAGAAUAACAGUUCUGUAGUUAAUAAUAUACGUGUUUGCGUCGAUGUGCUUAGUUUGUUUAUGAUGUACCUGUUUGUGUGUUUUACAUUCUUUAAACUGUAAAUGAGUUUCAAUAUAGAUUGUAUAUAUAUCCAAAUAUAUAGCCUACAACCAUGUUAAUAUGACUUUUGUGUCUCAUUUCAUUAAUUUGACCGCACAAUGACGACAUAUAUUUUCAGCGAAUAGCUUUCAUGAAUUAGUUAAGUUUAUGCAAUCCAGUUAUUUGGCCAACACACACAGUGUUCCCAUGUGAAAAGUUUCGAGGAUGGAGUAAGUGCACAAGUGUGUAACAGUCGAAAUCUCAAAUUUACAAAUCAAAAAAAAAAA